GGCGGCGGGCGGCCACGAAAAGUAGGAGGCGGAGGGGCAGCAGGUCUGCGGGUCUGAGUGUCGCGGCGGCGCGCUCGCGGCGAGAAUCGGGAAGAGGAGGAGACGGCAAGGAUAGGCCCAGGAGCAAUGGCGUCCAAAGAGGAAGCAGCAGUAGAAAAUCUCAACAUGGCAAAUACCAAGCAGGAAAAUGAAAAAAAGGAUGAAAAGGAGCAAGAUGCUAAUAAAGUCGAGCGCUGGGCCCUCCCUUUGGAAGCUGGUGAAUAUUGUGUGCCUAGAGGAAAUCGUAGGCGGUUCCGUGUUAGGCAGCCCAUCCUGCAGUGUAGAUGGCACAUGAUCCAGAGGCUUGGAGAGCCGCAGGCAAGGGUGAGACAAGAGAAUAUGGAAAGGAUUGGGGAGGAGGUGAGAGAGCUGAUGGAAAAGCUAAGGGAAAAGCAGUUGAGUCAUAGUUUGCGGGCAGUUAGCACUGACCCCCCACACCGUGACCAUCAUGAUGAGUUUUGCCUUAUGCCUUGAAUCCUGAUGUUUUCCCUGAUGUUGAUAGGGAGACACCUGCUUCCUAAACUUACAUGUUUGUGAUAUACUUUUGUUAUAAACCUUUUGGUGUUACUCGGGUCUGGUGGGUCUCCUAUUACCAGCUUCUAAUUGAAUGUUGUGUUUUUGACCCAGUCUGUAAGAUUCUGUCAGCAAGGGAGUUUUACCUAUUGCAUGGAAAGAUGCUCAUUAUUAUUGUGAAGUUAAUAAAGCAGUUUAAAAAAA